AUGAAGUGCUCUCUUGCGCUACCCGUACUCACAUAUUUGUGUCUGACCGCAUCAGCGUUGCCGACGCGACCACCAAAAGCACCUGUCUGCAUUAUCGGCGGAGGACCGGCUGGCUUGACGGCAGCUGCAAGACUGGACGCCAAAGGCAUUGAGUCGAUAGUGUUUGAAAAACAAGCUGCUGUCGGUGGCAAGUGCCAAUCGUACUACGACGAUGAAGGAAUCUUCCACCCGCUUGGCGCAGCUUUCUUCUCGAACACGAGCUACCCCGAGACCCUGAAAGUCAUUAACGAGUCCGGCGUUUCUAUCGAAGAAUUCGCGCUCGCAGGCGCACGAGAACAGUUCCGCUUCAACAUUACCACGGGCGCAAUUGAAGCUGUGCCCGCGUUGUCCACACAAGCUUUACAACGUGUAGCUGCCGAAGUGCCGCGAUACAUCCAGCUUUGGAACCGAGACUUUGCGCCCAUCAGCGCAACAAAUUACAAGAAAGGUGUUCCUGACAGCCUAACCGUGUCUGGUGAACAAUGGUUCAAAACGAACAAUUUCACUGUUCUUCCGCAACUACUCGUUAAUCCCAUCGCACUCUACGGAUAUGGGGAUAUUCGAGUUGUUCCGGCAUUGUACAUCCUCCAGUACUUUACCCCCGACAUCCUUACCGGCUUCCUCGGUCAGCACAAUGUAUACUACACCGAUUUUCACAAGAUCUGGGUUGAGUGGUUGAAGAAGAAGGGCUGCAAGGCGAAGAUAAACCUUUCGCACGAGGUCCGCUGCAUUGAUCGAUCCGGGAAGAACCCGGUCAUCAAGUACACAGCGCCCAAGCCUUACAGCAACUUCUAUCGAUGGGGCAAACAGGAAUGCGACUCGCUGAUCUUCGCGUUCCCGCCGUCCAUUGCAAACCUAGAAAGAGUGGGCUUAGACUUGACUGAAGAGGAACAUGAUGUAUUCUCAGAAGUUGUCACCCACAACUACUACUCUUCCGCAGUAGAGUUUGAGCUUCCUUUCGGCGUCUCAUACAUCGCCAACAGCUCCAACUCGAGUGUUCCUCCACCUAACGAUAUGGAGCCGGUCGCCGUGCUCCGUCUCAGCGCUGCCUCGAACGUCUCGACAUCCUGGUCGUGGGGCAAAGACAACGUCUACGAGUCGGAAUCUACUGCUCGCGAAAUCUUGCAGACUACUCUCUCCAAGAUCAACAAAGACCCGAGGAACAUGACAGCGCAAUCGGAGCCUGUUGACUCCGACGAAAUCAAGGCAUUCAAGAAAUGGGACUACUUCCCGCACUUCGGCAGCGAGGCAUUGCGCAACGGUGCAUAUGGGUACCUUAAUCGGCUGCAGGGGUGCAACAAGAGCUUCUGGGCCAGCGGGCUUGGUGGUAUGGAGAUUGUCGAAUGGGCUAUUCGCGCAGGCCAGGACGUCGUCGACACGUACUACUAGCGCGCGUCGCUUUGCUUUAUACAAACGCGAUGCAAACAAAAACUUGGGACGGGUCUCUGGAUUGCUUUUUUUCGCAGCUGAAUACCCUGGGCACCACAUGUGGAGGAAGCGAAGUUGGGAUGAGCGCGGUUCACGAAUUUCCUUUUCCUCGUGCAUUGCGCUGAUGACUUUUUUUGUAUAGAUAGAUGAUACCUGCCUUCGAUGUGCGUGGGUGGGUUUCGUGUCAUGAUCACGUCCGUUACGACUAGCAUGGGCUGGGUUGGUAUACGGCUAUGAUGUUUAAUGAUAAUGGCUUGUAGUAUACAUAGUACAUAGUGUAGAUAGCUCGAGAUGAGUAGACGUCGAUGAAUCUAAAGCUUGCGAGA